GACAACAUGCGAUUCUAAACCCGCGCGCUGCAGUUCCAGUAUUUGAGCCGGGGUCGGAUGACGAUGGGGAACGCCACAAACACCCGAGAAAACGGGCGCUCCCGGUUUGUAUUUUUUUUGUCUCUCCUCGUUUUGUUUGGCGAGCAAGCUGCGGCUCAGGUCAGGUACUCUGUUCCCGAGGAGGUUCAAGACGGAACUGUGGUGGGAAACAUCGCCAAGGAUCUCGGCCUCGACGUCAGCAGCUUGGCCGAUCGACGCUUCCGCGUCGUGUCGGGAUCAGAGGAGGCCAUUUUUGACGUCAACCCCGACAAUGGUGCUCUCUACGUGCGCCGCCACAUCGACAGAGAGGAGCUGUGCCAGGGCGGCGCCGCCGCGUGUCUCGCGGAGCUUAAAAUUCUCGUGGAAAACCCGCUGGAGAUCCACUACGUGCUGGUCCAAAUCGUCGACGUCAACGACCACGCUCCGAGCUUCCCCGAAGCCGAGCAGACGUUCGAAAUCGCCGAGCACACGUUGCCAGGGAGGAGAUUUCCGCUGCACGCGGCCCGGGAUCCGGACGCGGGCCUCAACUCCAUCCGCGCGUACACCUUGACGCCAAAUGAGCACUUCGAAAUCAAUGUCCGCCAAAGCGACGCCGGGAAGGUUCCGUUUCUGGUGCUGAAGAAAUCUCUGGACCGGGAACACAAGCACAAACAUUCGCUGGUGGUCACGGCCGCGGACGGGGGCAAACCUGCGCUUUUCGGCGCCCUCAACGUGUCCGUUAUUGUCCUCGACAGCAAUGACAACAGGCCCAUUUUUAGCCAGGAUAUUUAUGAAAUUACUAUUGCAGAAAAUAUUGAAAUUGGCUCCAGAAUAUUUCAAAUGAACGCAACAGAUCCAGACGAAGGGACGAACGGAGAAAUUGAGUACAUUUUUUCAAAAACGUUGAGCAGAGACGUGUCCGACAUUUUUGAAUUGGAUAAAUUAACUGGAGAGAUUCGCGUGAGGGGAAAAAUUGAUUAUGAAGAAAAUGACAUAUAUGAGUUGGAUAUUGACGCAUCCGACAAAGCGACACCUCCUAUGACGGGCGAGUGUAGAGUAAUAAUAGAAAUAAAAGAUGUCAACGAUAAUGUUCCACAAAUAGAAGUGACGUCACUGUCAAAUAAAGUGUCCGAAGACUCCAAACCCGGUACCGUGAUUUCCCUCAUUAGUGUAACGGAUAAAGACUCGGGCGCGAAUGCUAAAAUAAUGUCACGGAUAACAAAUAAUGUACCAUUUGAAUUAAAACCGGCUUACAAGGAGAACACCUACUCGGUCGUCACCAAAACAUUUUUGGAUAGAGAGGACGUGUCACAUUAUGAAUUAAUGAUUGAAGCGACUGAUUUCGGCGAGCCUCCAAUGUCCGCAUUUAAAAGUCUCAACGUCCAAGUGGCUGACGUCAAUGACAACGGUCCACAUUUUGAACACAACCCGCUGGAGUUUUACCUUUUAGAAAACAACAUUGCGGGAAAAGCUAUAUUUUCCCUCAGUGCAAUGGACAAAGACAUGAAUGAAAACGCAGCCAUUUCAUAUCAAAUAUGUAGAGGGGGGAAAGCAAAUGACAUCACAUCUUUCCUCAACAUUAACUCGGAGACCGGAGAAGUGACAGCGCUGAAAAGUUUGGACUUCGAGGCGCUGAAAAGCUUCCAGUUCCAGGUGUCGGCCACGGACGGCGGACGCCCACCGCUGAGCGGCAACGUGACGGUCAAGGUUUUCAUUCUGGAUCAGAACGACAACGCUCCGGUCAUCGUGUAUCCGCUCAGCUCCAACGGUUCCGCCCAAGGCGCGGAGGAGAUUCCCCGCAAUAGCAAAGCGGGAGACUUGGUGACCCGAGUCCGAGCCUACGACGCCGAUUCGGGAUAUAACGGCUGGUUACUGUUUUCGCUGCACCCGCCGAGCGAGCGCGCUCUCUUUUCUUUGGACCGCUACACGGGCCAGAUCAGAACCCUUCGCUCCUUCACGGAGACGGACGAGGCCGAGCAUCGACUGCUGGUACUGGUCAAAGACAACGGCGACGUUUCGCUGUCGGCGACGGCUACCGUCACCGUCAAACUGGCGGAGCCCAAAGAGGCUUUCGCCGCUUCCGACCACGUCCAAAGUGCGGCCGAAGCGGACCGCAGCGAGGACCGGCUGACUUUUUAUCUGGCGCUGACUUUGGGCUCGGUCUCGCUGCUUUUGGUGAUCAGCGUGGUGGUGCUGAUCGCCAUGCGCUGCUCCAAAUCCACAGAGUACACUUCCAAAUAUCUCCAAGACCCCCAUUAUGACGGCACGCUGUGUCACAGCAUCCAGUACCGAUCCGGAGACAAACGCUACAUGCUAGUCGGACCCAGGAUGAGUAUCGGUUCCACCGUCGUCCCGGGCAGUCGCGCCAACACGCUGUUGAUGUCUGACGCCGCAGGUGCCGGAGGGGAGACUUUUUUGGGCUUCUACCUUUUGCCAAGCUGCCUUCGGUCGGAAAUAAAUAUGGAAGAAAAACGAGGACGGAAGACGAGGAGCUCGCUGUGCGUUCUUCUGCCGUUUUGUCUGCUGUUGUUUUUCGCGCAGCGGGCUCUGGCCGAGCUCCGCUACUCCAUUCCCGAGGAGAUGGCGGCCGGCACCGUUGUGGGCAAUGUGGCGAAGGAUCUCGGCCUGGACAGAAGCGCGCUUAGUGGCAGGCGUUUCAGGGUGGUGUCCGGAUCCGCGGACGCCUAUUUCCAGGUAAACACGGAAGAUGGCUCCUUGCAGGCCCGACGCAAAAUUGACCGAGAGGAGCUUUGUCACGGGAGCGGCGCCUGCUUCAUGGAGCUCAAGAUCCUGCUUGAGAAUCCUCUCGAGGUGCAUUAUGUGGUGGUGGAAAUCACUGAUGUAAAUGACCACAGUCCAGUAUUUUUGGAAAAGAAACAGCUUUUUGAAAUAGCUGAACACUCCUCUCCAGGAUCAAGAUUCGAAUUGCACGCAGCCGGAGAUCCAGAUGCUGCAAUUAAUUCUGUGCGCACCUACACACUCGCGCCGAAUGAGCAUUUUGAAUUGGAUAUUGUUCAGAGUGAUAAUGACAAAAUACCAUAUUUGGUCCUGAAAAGGUCGCUGGACAGAGAGCAGAGGAGCCAGCAUUUGCUGUACGUCACAGCAGUUGACGGGGGGAAACCUCCAAGAUCAGCCACACUUAAUGUUUCCAUUGUUGUGCUCGACAUCAAUGAUAACCGUCCCAUAUUUCAGCAGGACACUUACAAUGUUGAAAUUGAUGAAAAUGUGCCAACUGGUACACUUGUAGCGAGAGUGAAUGCGACAGAUCCAGAUGAAGGCACUAAUGGCAAAGUUGAAUUCAGGUUUAGCAAAACACUAACACCGAGGCUCUAUGAAAUGUUUGAAAUUGAUGCAAAAAGCGGAAUCAUUCGGUCAAAAGGUCCUGUAGAUUUUGAGGAAACGGAAAUCUAUAACUUGUUAGUGGAGGCAUAUGACAGAGGAACACCGCCACUGACAAGCAAGUGUCGAGUCGUUGUUCGUAUAAAAGAUGUCAACGAUAAUCCACCAGUCAUAGAAGUGACGUCACUGUCAAGUCAAGUGUCAGAGGAUGCAAAGCCUGGAACGGUUGUCGCUCUCGUUAGCGUAGUGGAUAAAGAUUCCGGAAUUAAUGGAAAGAUGAUUUCAAAGAUCACCGACAAUGUUCCUUUUGAAUUGAAACCUUCCUACAAGGACAACACUUACUCUGUUGUCACGAAAGGGUUUUUGGAUCGAGAGGAGGUUUCUCGUUAUGAAAUCACAAUUCAAGCUACGGAUUGUGGAGAUCCUCCUUUGUCCACUUUCAAGACAUUUGACAUCGAGCUAUCGGAUGUAAACGACAACAGUCCACACUUUGACCAAAGUCCGUACAAGUUUUACCUGUUUGAAAACAACGUCGCCGGAGCGUCAGUGUUCUCCCUGAGGGCGACUGAUAAUGAUGCGAAUGAAAAUGCAGUCAUUCAAUACAAAAUUGUUGCAGCUGACAAGGACGGCACAGCGACGUCUUUCCUCACCAUUAAUUCGGAGACUGGAGAAGUGACAGCGCUGAAAAGUUUGGACUUCGAGGCGCUGAAAAGCUUCCAGUUCCAGGUGUCGGCCACGGACGGCGGACGCCCACCGCUGAGCGGUAACGUGACGGUGAAGGUGUUCAUUCUGGAUCAGAACGACAACGCUCCGGUCAUCGUGUAUCCGCUCAGCUCCAACGGUUCCGCCCAAGGCGCGGAGGAGAUUCCCCGCAAUAGCAAAGCGGGAGACUUGGUGACCCGAGUCCGAGCCUACGACGCCGAUACGGGAUAUAACGGCUGGUUACUGUUUUCGCUGCACCCGCCGGGCGAGCGCGCUCUCUUUUCUUUGGACCGCUACACGGGCCAGAUCAGAACUCUUCGCUCCUUCACGGAGACGGACGGGGCCGAGCAUCGGCUGCUGGUUCUGGUCAAAGACAACGGCGACGUUUCGCUGUCGGCGACGGCUACCGUCACCGUCAAACUGGCGGAGCCCAAAGAGGCUUUCGCCGCUUCCGACCACGUCCAAAGUGCGGCCGAAGCGGACCGCAGCGAGGACCGGCUGACUUUUUAUCUGGCGCUGACUUUGGGCUCGGUCUCGCUGCUUUUGGUCAUCAGCGUGGUGGUGCUGAUCGCCAUGCGCUGCUCCAAAUCCACAGAGUACACUUCCAAAUAUCUCCAAGACCCCCAUUACGACGGCACGCUGUGUCACAGCAUCCAGUACCGAUCCGGAGACAAACGCUACAUGCUGGUCGGACCCAGGAUGAGUAUCGGUUCCACCGUCGUGCCGGGCAGCCGCGCCAACACACUGUUGAUGUCUGACGCCGCAGGGGAGGUAAGGACUUUGCAGCCCGUGAUUGGCGGUUAUAAAUCGAGCCGACUCGGGGCCGUGUGCGGUUCGGGACCGCAGAUCAUUCGUAGGAAGAGAGGAGCAGUCAUAUCUGGCAUUCGUCGCGUCUGCGUGGACUAUGGGGAGCGGAAGGGGCCGCAGCCGCUGGCUGCCUUUUGUUUGUGUCUCCAUUUCUUGCGAGAACCCGCUCGGGCCGACCUUCGUUACUCGGUUCCCGAGGAGGUGAAAGCGGGAAGUGUGGUUGGAAAUGUCGCCAAGGACCUGGGCCUGGACAAAGCUUCUCUGCUGGAUCGACAGUUUCGCGUGGUGUCUGGAUCCAAAGAGGCGUUUUUCCACGUCAGGCCGGAAAAUGGCGCAUUGGAGGUCCGUCGGAAAAUCGACAGAGAGGCGCUCUGUCAGGGCAGCGCAGCCUGCGUCAUGGAGCUGAAAAUUCUGGUUGAAAACCCGCUGGAAAUGCAUCACGUGGUGGUGGAAAUAACAGACGUCAACGACAACUCCCCGAGCUUUUCUGACAAGGAGCAGGUGUUCGAAAUAGCCGAACAUUCUUCUCCCGGAACGCGUUUCCAGCUGCAAGCGGCCCGUGACCCGGACGGCGGAAUCAACUCGGUGCGCGCGUACACUUUGACGCCGAAUGAGCAUUUUGAAUUGGACACGAGUCAAAAUGACGACGAGAAAACGCCAUUUUUAGUGCUCAAAAGGCCCUUAGACCGAGAACAAAAUAGGAAGCAUUCGCUUUUUGUGACCGCAGUCGAUGGAGGCAAACCGCAAAGAUCAGCAACACUAAAUGUCACAAUUAUUGUUCUCGACAUUAACGACAACCGCCCGACUUUUAGCCGAGAUACGUACGCAGUAGAAAUGAAAGAAGAUGUUCCAGUUGGUGUUAUUAUUAUCAAAGUUAAUGCCACCGAUCCCGAUGAAGGGCCGAAUGGGGAAAUCGAAUAUAGUCUGGGCAAAAUAGUCAAUAAGGCUCACGAUAUUUUUGAGUUGGACAAGCAAAGUGGCCUCAUCAAGCUGAAGGGAGCUGUUGAUUUUGAGGACACGCAGGUUUAUAAACUGGAUAUUCAAGCAUCCGAUAAAGGGCAGCCCCCUUUGACAGGGAGGUGUCGAGUCAUUGUCAAAAUCAAAGACGUCAACGAUAACCCUCCCGAAAUCGAAGUCACAUCCCUGACGAGCAAAGUGCCGGAAGACUCCAAGCCCGGAACAGUCGUUUCACUCAUUAGUGUGUCAGAUAAAGACUCUGGUGCCAAUGGAAAAAUUAGUUCACAGAUUAGCAGCCACGUGCCGUUUGAAUUGAAACCUUCAUACAAAGAAAAUAUUUUCUCUGUCGUCACCAAGGAAAAUUUGGAUCGAGAAAAAGUGUCAGACUAUCAAAUAACCAUAACGGCUACGGAUUGCGGUCAGCCUCCCUUGUCGGCUUUUCAAACUUUAAACAUUCAAAUAUCCGACGUCAACGACAACAAGCCACAAUUCCACCAGUCUCCACUCAGUUUUUAUCUCUCAGAAAAUAAUAUUGCUGGACAGUCAAUAUUUUCUGUCAGUGCGACAGAUAAUGACGCCAAUGAAAAUGCUGCCAUUUCUUACAAUAUCAUUCGAGCAGGGAUUGAAAACGAGGCAGCAUCUUUCCUCAACAUUAAUUCGGAGACUGGAGAAGUGACAGCGCUGAAAAGUUUGGACUUCGAGGCGCUGAAAAGCUUCCAGUUCCAGGUGUCGGCCGCGGACGGCGGACGCCCACCGCUGAGCGGCAACGUGACGGUGAAGGUGUUCAUUCUGGAUCAGAACGACAACGCUCCGGUCAUCGUGUAUCCGCUCAGCUCCAACGGUUCCACCCAAGGCGCGGAGGAGAUUCCCCGCAAUAGCAAAGCGGGAGACUUGGUGACCCGAGUCCGAGCCUACGACGCCGAUACGGGAUAUAACGGCUGGUUACUGUUUUCGCUGCACCCGCCUGGCGAGCGCGCUCUCUUUUCUUUGGACCGCUACACGGGGCAGAUCAGAACUCUUCGCUCCUUCACGGAGACGGACGAGGCCGAGCAUCGACUGCUGGUACUGGUCAAAGACAACGGCGACGUUUCGCUCUCGGCGACGGCUACCGUCACCGUCAAACUGGCGGAGCCCAAAGAGGCUUUCGCCGCUUCCGACCACGUCCAAAGUGCGGCCGAAGCGGACCGCAGCGAGGACCGGCUGACUUUUUAUCUGGCGCUGACUUUGGGCUCGGUCUCGCUGCUUUUGGUGAUCAGCGUGGUGGUGCUGAUCGCCAUGCGCUGCUCCAAAUCCACAGAGUACACUUCCAAAUAUCUCCAAGACCCCCAUUAUGACGGCACGCUGUGUCACAGCAUCCAGUACCGAUCUGGGGACAAACGCUACAUGCUAGUCGGACCCAGAAUGAGUAUCGGUUCCACCGUCGUGCCGGGCAGCCGCGCCAACACGCUGCUGAUGUCUGACGCCGCAGGUGCCGCAGGGCAGACCCGACCACUUCGGCUGUUAUUUCUCAAGCGCUUCCUGCACGGCGUCGUGCCGAGCUUGCAAAACGGGAGGAUCAUUAUUCGCUGCCUCCACGGCAUGGAACAAAGGCGACGCGGAGGUCGGGGGGAGCUCCGCUGGUGGUUGGCUUUCGUGCUUAUUUUGUGCAAUGGCGCACGUGCGCAGCUCAGAUAUUCUGUGGCUGAGGAGGUCGCGGAGGGAACUGCGGUCGGGAACAUCGCAAAGGAUUUGGGGCUGGAUAAGGGCGCUCUCCGAGGGCGAGGAUACCGCAUCGUGGCCGCCUCAGCUGAGCCCAUCUUGGAGGUGAACCAGGACGACGGCAUCUUGUAUGUGGCGAGGAGGAUCGACAGGGAGGAGGUGUGUGUACGCCUCAGCCCGUGCGUGCUCAACCUAAAAACAGUGCUUGAACAUCCUCUCGAGGUUCACUACGUGGCAGUGGAAAUAUUGGACGUCAACGACCACUCGCCCGUUUUUCCUGAAAAAGAAAAACGGCUUGAAAUAUCUGAGUCGGCCACGCCGGGGGCUCGCUUCCAACUCCAAGGGGCUCAAGAUCCCGACGUGGGCCAAUUCUCCAUCCAACAAUACAAACUCGCUCAAAGCGAAUAUUUUCGCGUGGAGGUGAAGGAUCGAGGGCAGGAUCGCAAAGUCCCGUUUUUAGUUUUGAUCAAGCAGUUGGACAGAGAGACGAAGGGAAGGCACCACCUGCGCCUCACAGCCGUCGACGGGGGGAAGCCCCCCAAGUCGGGCUCCAUCGAAAUCAUCGUGGACGUCCUCGACGUCAACGAUAACUCUCCUGUCUUCGACAAGGAGGUUUAUUCCGUCUCCCUGAAGGAAAACGUGCCAGCGGGCACUGUCGUGAUUCGGGUGAACGCGACGGAUUUGGACCAGGGCGCGAACGGUGAGGUCGUGUAUUCAUUAGGUAAGGAGGUGGAUUCAAAAGUACGACAUCUUUUCAGUAUAGACCCCAAGACGGGGGAAAUUCAAGUGACAGGCCAAAUUGAUUUUGAGGAAAGUCAAAGCUACGUAAUUGACAUUCAGGCCUCUGAUAAGGGUCCAGUUCCUUUGACAACUGAUAAAAGUGUCUCGAUAACAAUCAUUGAUGAGAAUGAUAACGCUCCCGAGAUUGAGGUGACGUCAUUUUCUAACGCCAUCAAGGAGGACGCAAAGAUCGGAACAACUGUGGCUCUGAUUAGUGUCAGUGACUUGGACUCUGGAAUGAACGGUCAAGUGCUGUGUACCAUCAAACAAGAUGGUCCUUUUACCUUAGCGCCAUCUUUACAAGAAAACAUGUACGCCGUAGUCAUAAAGUCACGACUGGAUAGGGAAGAGGUUUCUCAAUAUGACGUCACCAUCAUGGCAAAAGACACCAACGAGCCGGUGUUUUCCACCGAAAAGACCAUAUCGGUCGUCGUGUCGGAUGUGAAUGACAACAGUCCAGAAUUUUCUUCGAGCCCUUACGCAUUUUAUAUCACUGAGAACAACAUCGCUGGAGCCUCUGUUUUUUCUGUCAAAGCUUCUGACCAGGAUGAAGGUGACAACGCUCUGAUUUCUUAUCAGAUCAUCAGCGAGCCAAACGCGGACACUAAACUGUUGUCAUUUAUAAAUAUCAACCCAGAAAGUGGGGAGGUGACAGCGCUGAAAAGUUUGGACUUUGAGGCGCUGAAAAGCUUCCAGUUCCAGGUGUCGGCCACGGACGGCGGAAGUCCUCCGCUGAGCGGCAACGUGACGGUCAAGGUGUUCAUUCUGGAUCAGAACGACAACGCUCCGGUCAUCGUGUAUCCGCUCAGCUCCAACGGUUCCGCCCAAGGCGCGGAGGAGAUUCCCCGCAAUAGCAAAGCGGGAGACUUGGUGACCCGAGUCCGAGCCUACGACGCCGAUACGGGAUAUAACGGCUGGUUACUGUUUUCGCUGCACCCGCCUGGCGAGCGCGCUCUCUUUUCUUUGGACCGCUACACGGGCCAGAUCAGAACCCUUCGCUCCUUCACGGAGACGGACGGGGCCGAGCAUCGACUGCUGGUACUGGUCAAAGACAACGGCGACGUUUCGCUGUCGGCGACGGCUACCGUCACCGUCAAACUGGCGGAGCCCAAAGAGGCUUUCGCCGCUUCCGACCACGUCCAAAGUGCGGCCGAAGCGGACCGCAGCGAGGACCGGCUGACUUUUUAUCUGGCGCUGACUUUGGGCUCGGUCUCGCUGCUUUUGGUGAUCAGCGUGGUGGUGCUGAUCGCCAUGCGCUGCUCCAAAUCCACAGAGUACACUUCCAAAUAUCUCCAAGACCCCCAUUAUGACGGCACGCUGUGUCACAGCAUCCAGUACCGAUCCGGGGACAAACGCUACAUGCUGGUCGGACCCAGGAUGAGUAUCGGUUCCACCGUCGUGCCGGGCAGCCGCGCCAACACGCUGCUGAUGUCUGACGCCGCAGGUGCCGCAGGGGAGAUGUCAGCCGCGUCUGCUUUCCCCCGAAUGGACUCGUGCCGUUUUUUCCUCGUCACUAUGGAACAAAGAGGCGCGCGCGGACGGGCGAGACGCUGUUUGCUGGGAUUUGCGGCCGCGCUGCUUUUGUGCAGCGGGACUUCGGCGCAAUUGAGGUACUCCAUCUCCGAGGAGGUCGAGGAAGGAACCGUGGUGGGAAAUGCCGCAAAGGACCUCGGAUUGGAUCGGAACGCGCUGAAGGAGCGCAGGUAUCGGAUCGUCUCGGGCAGUGCGGAGCCUCUUUUCCACGUGAGCCAGGCCGAUGGCGUCCUCUACGUCAGCAGGAAGAUCGACAGGGAAAAGGAGUGUCCGCAAAGCGCUGCGUGUCUGAUCAACCUAAAAACGGUGCUAGAAAACCCACUGGAGGUCCACUCUGUGGGAGUGGAAAUCUUGGACGUGAACGACCACUCCCCCACAUUUGCCGAGGAAGAAACGAAGAUGGACAUUUAUGAGUCGGUGCUGCCUGGGGCGAGAUUUCAGCUUCAGGCUGCUCAUGAUGGCGACAGUGGUCACUUUUCUGUUCAGCAAUAUAAACUCAGUGAAAAUGAACAUUUUGGUUUGGAAGUGAAAGACAAAAGAAAAGAUGGCAAAAUCCCCAUAUUGAUAUGCAAAAAAGCUCUGGACAGGGAAACAGCACCACAUCAUUCGCUGGUGUUAACUGCACUGGAUGGAGGUAAGCCUCCAAAAAGAGGAGAUAUGAAUAUUUCAAUUAAUGUGCUUGAUGUGAAUGAUAAUGCGCCGGUUUUCUCGAAAGACAUUUAUUCAGUGAUGCUCCAUGAAAAUGCUGCAACAGGAACAACUGUUGUACAAGUAAACGCAAGAGAUUUAGAUGAAGGCACAAAUGGAGAAGUCAUUUAUUCUUUCAGCAAAAAUAAUCCCAUUAUAACACAGUUAUUUGACAUGAAUGUAAAUACAGGAGAGAUUGUAGUGAAAGGCCCGAUAGACUACGAGGAGAAGGACAUUUUUGAAAUUGAAGUUCAAGCGUCAGAUAAAGGUUCUGUUCCACUAACAACAGAAAAAAGUGUCACCAUCAAGGUCGCUGAUGUGAAUGACAAUGCACCUGAGAUCGAAGUCACGUCAUUCUCCAGCUCCAUUCCGGAAGAUUCCAGACUAGGUACCACAGUUGCUCUCAUCAGUGUCAACGACUUGGAUUCUGGCCCGAACGGGAAAGUCAUUUGCUCCAUAAGCCAGGAUCUUCCUUUUGCCUUGUCACCGUCAUUACAAGACAAAAUGUAUGCUUUAGUGACCAAAUCCCCCCUGGACCGGGAGAAAAGGUCCACGUACGACAUAUCGGUGGUUGCCAGAGACGCCGGUCGACCCGCACUCUCGUCCGAGAAGACGAUAAGCGUUUACGUUUCAGAUGUCAACGACAACAGGCCCGAGUUUGCCUUCAGUCCUUACACUUUCUACGUCGCCGAGGGCAACAAAGCGGGCGCCUCCGUCUUUUCCGUCCAAGCUUCUGACCGCGACGAUGGCGAGAACGCUGCCAUCACAUACCGGAUUCUCAGAGAAGGGAGAGAAGAAAAUAAGCCGUCUUCGUUUCUGAGUAUAAAUAGCCAAAGCGGAGAAGUCACAGCGCUGAAAAGUUUUGACUUUGAGGCGCUGAAAAGCUUCCAGUUCCAGGUGUCGGCCACGGACGGCGGAAGUCCUCCGCUGAGCGGCAACGUGACGGUCAAGGUGUUCAUUCUGGAUCAGAACGACAACGCUCCGGUCAUCGUGUAUCCGCUCAGCUCCAACGGUUCCGCCCAAGGCGCGGAGGAGAUUCCCCGCAAUAGCAAAGCGGGAGACUUGGUGACCCGAGUCCGAGCCUACGACGCCGAUACGGGAUAUAACGGCUGGUUACUGUUUUCGCUGCACCCGCCUGGCGAGCGCUCUCUCUUUUCUUUGGACCGCUACACGGGCCAGAUCAGAACCCUUCGCUCCUUCACGGAGACGGACGGGGCCGAGCAUCGGCUGCUGGUACUGGUCAAAGACAACGGCGACGUUUCGCUGUCGGCGACUGCUACCGUCACCGUCAAACUGGCGGAGCCCAAAGAGGCUUUCGCCGCUUCCGACCACGUCCAAAGUGCGAGCGAAGCGGACCACAGUGAGGACCGGUUGAGUUUUUAUCUGGCGCUGACUUUGGGCUCGGUCUCGCUGCUUUUGGUCAUCAGCGUGGUGGUGCUGAUCGCCAUGCGCUGCUCCAAAUCCACAGAGUACACUUCCAAAUAUCUCCAAGACGCUCAUUACGACGGCACGCUGUGUCACAGCAUCCAGUACCGAUCCGGGGACAAACGCUACAUGCUGGUCGGACCCAGGAUGAGUAUCGGUUCCACCAUCGUGCCGGGCAGCCGCGCCAACACGCUGCUGAUGUCCGACGCCGCAGGGGAGGUAAGGGAGCUUUUCAAAGAGUCUGGGUCCUUCACUCCACCCAGAUUUCUGGCUUGCUUGGUAGUUUUGAAGGUGUACAGGUUGAAGCUCUUUGGUGACCUGUGA